AAAAAAAAACGAUAGAGGAUUUUUUACGCACGGGGCGGGCCUUUCAUUCACCCGGGCUGUGGGUGAGGGGGUCACCUAGUCAGAGACAAUCAAAAUGUUUGAGUUUCCAUGCGCAGUGACCAGGGAGGUAACACUGCGCGUUAUUUACCCCUCCUCCAGCUCCGGCCUCCCACACCAACCCAGGCUUUUAAAGUCACCCCCGGUCCAAAAGAGCAAAACAAAACAAAAACCAAGAAAACGCAUUCCUAAAGGACAGCGCUGCUGAUGAGAUGUGACUUAAUUCUGCCGGGAGGAACAAAACAAAACAAACCUGUUGGCGACGAUGAAUUACUCCAAGGCGCAAAUGUCGAACCUUUCUGACGAGGGGAGUCUGCAGCAGUCCGUUCCUGGAGGCGUGAAGCUGGAGGCGGUGAUGGAGCAGCUGCAGAGGCACCCAGGAGCCAAACUGGAGAUGAACCUGCAGGAGAAACAUUUCCUUCAAGCUCAGUUCCUCUUGGCCCAUCAGGCCGUGGCGGCCCGAGGGCCCGGCGGCUCCAGGUCGGACCCACUGCUGUGUGGGGAACCGGACGGACCGAUCCACCAAACCGUCCUGAACCAGAUGGAGCCGAAGCAGGAGAGCGCAGAUGGAGAACAACGGGAAAUGCUGGAGCCUAAAGAGGGGGAUGAGUUGGAGGAAGAGGGAGACGAGAGGAAAAUGAGUUUCCAACAUGUUUCCCACUUCCAGCCGUAUUCCACGUCUCUGCCGUCUGCCGCAGAGCAAAAGUCUGAGCCUUCGCCUUCAGCAGUGAAAGAGGAGCAGGAGGAGAAGAACCUGCUGCCUCCUGUGGGUCAGAGCAGCUUCACGUCGCCCAACAGCCUCGCUGACUGGGGAUACGAUGAGCUCUUCAAACUGAGAGGAAGCGGCGUCUGGACGGAGGAAUCUGACGGAGCAAAAGUGAGAGGAGAGCCGUCUAGAGACUUUGCCAAGCUCUAUGAACUGGAUAACGAUCCCCAACGGAAGGAGUUUCUUGAUGAGCUCUUUGUUUUCAUGCAGAAACGGGGAACUCCUGUGAACCGCAUUCCCAUCAUGGCGAAACAGGUGCUGGACCUGUACAGGCUUUACAAGCUGGUGACGGAGAAGGGAGGACUGGUGGAGGUCAUUAACAAGAAGAUCUGGAGGGAAAUCACCAAAGGUCUCAAUCUGCCCACCUCCAUCACCAGCGCAGCCUUCACCCUGCGCACGCAGUAUAUGAAAUACCUGUAUCCGUUUGAGUGCGCUAAGAAAGGUCUGAGCUCUCCGGGCGAGCUGCAGGCAGCGAUCGACAGCAACCGCAGAGAGGGACGCCGUCCCAGCUACACCAGCAGCCUCUACCGCUACUCUCCUUCCCAGACCUCUGCCCCACAUGCCCUCCUGCCCUCACCGACCAUGCACACUCCCCCGACCGCUCACAACGGCAUCAACAUGAGCCUGUCUGCCAGUUCAAAUUUAAAACGAAGCACAGAUGAGAACUCAACACCGGUCAUAUCCAGGCUGCCGAUGGCUCUGGGCCACCACCACCAGCAGCAGCAGCACAAUCAUCCACAUCAUCAGCUCGCACAGCCCGCCACGUUAGAGCAUCUCAGGGAGAGGCUGGAUCGACCAGUCGACGGUCCGGAGAAGAAAAUGAUGCGGCUUGCAGAGGAGCAGCAGCGUCUCAUGCAGCAGGCGCUGCAGCAGAACCUGCUGGCGAUGGCGUCCCACUUCAACCCCGUGAGCCUGAAGCUCAACAACGGGAAUGAAAAGAAAAAGGAUUUGUCUCUCAGCAUCUCUACCAACGGACCAGCUAGUAUCAGUGUAUCUGUGGAGGUCGACGGGACAGUUUACUCAGGGACCCUGUUAGCCCAGAAGACCUCCGCUCCCGUGUCGUCACAGACCGUAACUCCAGCAGGAACCAGCGGCUUCAGCGCCCUCUCCUGCUCUCACAGUUCAUCCUUUUCGUCUUCCACCUCCUCUAAGGGACCAAAUUAAAGCUUUUAAAAUCUGUCUCUGAUGCACCUAAUAUGCCUCUGGUACUUAAAAAGUGGGCACUUCAGGGAAAAAUAAUGUCACACACAAAAAAGUCUCUUUUUUCCACUUAAUCACUUUUAAUUUACUCUGAUAGUCUUUCAAACUGGACUAUAUCAUUUGAAACCUUCACAUAAAUAUGGAUUCAUAUCAGUUUACUGUACCUGUUGAGAAUAUUUUCUUUUUUAGGAACUUGACAGGGAACACACAAUGAACAUCCUUAAUGGACUCUGCUCGGGUUUCAGUGACACCAAUAAUUUCUACUACUUGAAUUUAUUUGCAUAAUAAUCUGAAUGUAGUUGCUAAAGUGUAGCUAGCAGAGACCAUAAAGCCUUAGCUUGGUGACAUAGCGUCUGUCUUCAACUGUUUUUGCUGAUGCCUUUUGUAAUUAUUCAGGUUAACUUGACUGAUACUUUAUGAUUUUCAUCAAGGAUUUCAGGGAAUAUACAAGAAAAUGUUUUCUCAGAAACUGUCAGAAGAAGAAAGUGUGCAGAGUGGAUGGAUCUAUUUACUGCUUUUUAUUAUUUAAUCAUUUAGAUUUAGUUUUAAACAUUUAUUUCCUGUUGGCUAUGAAAGUGAGACUUGUGUUUAAGCAGGGAACUAUUUGUAAUGCUGAAGUGGUGCAACGUUUACCUCAGUUGUCUUCCCAUGUUAAGCUUCUCAGACUUGUUCUUUAUCUGCUAAUGAGUUGCUGUGUUUGUACAAAAGCAGAGAAUGUAUGGUUGAUGACCUCCUGUUUUGGACAGGAAAACACUGACACUGCUACCUCAUUCUACUCGAAAUAUGCAACAUGUUCCUUUAGCUGCGAGCUAAAAAUAAUCUGGAUGUGGACAAUCAAGUAGACAUAUCUUUGCUGCUGCUGUGACUUUGGUAUUUACCGUUGUGCUGGUCCUGAGUUUCAUUCUUUCUUUGGAUGGGCAGCCAUGAGAAAUAAAACAGAGAUUCGUGGUGUUGGAAAAACUUUGGAAAGCAGCUAGUGCUGGUGUUUUUAUUCUGUUAAAUUCAAUCUUAGCUACGUUCACAUUGAAACCUGAAGCGACCCAAUUUUGGGUCCUGCGACCUGUGUCUUAUUUUUUCAUGGCAGUCUGAACAACACAGAUCGGAUUUCUUUGAAUGCGAUCCAGACUACUUGGACAUCCGAUACGCAUCUGAUUUUUAUGUGAUCCGAAUCUGAACGUCCAGGUCACGUUCAUCCGACAUGGAAGUCAUUGAUACUUGACAAACGUCGCUGUUCUGCGCCCUGAUACGCGCAAGCGGGAAGAAAAACAACUAUGGCGGACGAUAAUGGAGAUUAAGUUGUUAAUGUGCUGGCUCCGGUCGUACAAUAACUUAUAAGUAAGCCAUGCUCCACAGUUUU